CUUUACUCUUUUUUCCAGUGACUCUCUCUCCUCCCCUCUCUCUCUCUCUCUCUCUCUCUCUCUCUAAAACAAACCACCCCACCAUUACCAUCUCUCUCCACUCCCUACAGUGGUCUAGGGUUUUAUCUCUCAGUCUAUCUCUCCACCUGCCACCAAUUGGAACCAACUGAAAGCAGAAAAAAACCACAAUUUCCUCAUUUACCUUUUCCCAAUUGCUGAAAACCCCUCCAAACCCUAGCUUAAACUUGGGUUUGGUUUGGUUCUGCUGUGAGCUGAAAACCUAACCUAGUUUAUGCAGGUGGAAAUCUGAAGGGAGAUGGCUUCGUUUUGGCACUGGAAGUUGAGAGCACUUGAGUGAAGUUAUUGUCAGGAGAUAAAGGGGAAACCAAGUCAUGGAAGGAGACGAGCGUGACUUAAUGCUGGCAUGUGUAAUUUCUGGGACCCUUUUCUCUGUUUUGGGCUCGGCUGCUUUUUCCAUUCUCUGGGCAGUUAAUUGGCGGCCAUGGAGAAUCUAUAGUUGGAUUUUUGCUCGAAAAUGGCCGGAUAUCUUACAAGGGCCUCAGCUGGGAAUAUUAUGUGGUUUCCUGUCUCUAUCUGCUUGGAUGAUUGUAAUUUCUCCAGUUGUGGUACUCAUUGCUUGGGGAUGCUGGUUAAUCUUAAUACUGGGUCGAGAUAUAAUUGGUUUGGCUGUGAUAAUGGCUGGCACUGCUCUUAUUUUGGCAUUCUAUUCAAUCAUGCUUUGGUGGCGAACACAAUGGCAAAGCUCAAGGGCUGUUGCUGUUCUUCUUCUUCUGGCUGUUGCCCUGCUCUGCGCAUAUGAACUCUGCGCCGUGUAUGUUACAGCAGGUUCAAGUGCAUCCGAGCGAUAUUCACCUUCUGGCUUCUUCUUUGGUGUAUCAGCAAUUGCCCUAGCAAUAAACAUGCUUUUUAUUUGCAGAAUGGUCUUUAAUGGAAAUGGCUUAGAUGUUGAUGAAUAUGUGCGAAAGGCAUACAGAUACGCAUAUUCUGAUUGUAUUGAAAUGGGUCCGUUGGCUUGUUUACCUGAACCACCUGAUCCCAAUGAGUUAUAUCCUCGACAAUCGAAAAGGGCUUCACAUCUCGGACUUCUCUAUCUUGGCUCCCUUGUCGUACUCUUUGUUUAUUCGGUCUUGUAUGGUGUGACUGCGAAGGAAGGACGCUGGCUGGGGACUAUUACAUCAGCUGCUGUAAUAAUUCUCGACUGGAAUAUGGGGGCAUGCCUAUAUGGAUAUCAGCUUCUUAAAAGUCGCAUUGUGGCGCUUUUUGUUGCGGGCGCAUCUCGAGUCUUUCUUAUUUGCUUCGGAGUUCAUUACUGGUAUCUUGGGCAUUGUGUUAGUUAUGCAGUUGUAGCAUCUGUACUUUUAGGUGCUGCUGUUUCCCGUCAUUUAUCAGUCACAAACCCAUUAGCCGCGAGGAGAGAUGCCUUAAAGAGUACCGUGAUUCGCCUGAGAGAGGGGUUUCGUAGGAAAGAACAGAACAGCUCAUCUAGCUCUUCUGAAGGUUGUGGCUCAAGUGUGAAACGCAGUAGUAGCGCUGAGGUGGGUCACCUUGGUAGUGCUGCAGUACAUUGCACAGGUGACACACAGAGCUCGAAUAACGUCGAGGGGGUUAAUAGUGAUAAGAGCAUAGAUAGUGGAAGGCCGAGUUUGGCAUUGCACAGUAGUUCCUGUCGCUCAGUUGUUCAAGAGCCUGAAACAGGGACAUUCGAUAUUGAUAGAAAUUUGGAACGCAAUAGUUCUCUGGUCGUUUGUUCUAGUAGUGGUCUUGAAAGUCAAGGCUACGAGUCGAGUGCAUCAACUUCUGUAAAUCAACAAGUGUUAGAUAAUUUAGCGCUUGCAUUCCAAGAAAAGUUGAAUGAUCCAAGAAUAACAUCUUUGUUGAAAAAGAGAGCCAGACAAGGAGAUGUUGAACUGACUACCAUGUUGCAGGAUAAAGGACUAGAUCCUAAUUUUGCUAUGAUGUUGAAGGAGAAGGGAUUGGAUCCAACUAUCCUUGCGUUGCUGCAGAGAAGUAGUUUGGAUGCAGAUAGAGAUCAUCGUGAUGAUACUGACAUAACCGUCAUUGACUCAAAUAGUGUUGAUAAUGCUCUGCCAAAUCAAAUUUCCCUGUCCGAAGAACUUAGGCUUCGGGGGCUAGAAAAAUGGCUUCAAUUUUGUAGAUUGGUCUUGCACCACAUAGCAGGCACCCCAGAGCGAGCAUGGGUUCUCUUCAGUUUCAGUUUCAUCGUUGAGACUGUAGUCGUAGCCGUUUUUCGCCCAAAGACGAUAAAAGUUCUAAGUGCUACGCACCAACAGUUUGAAUUUGGCUUAGCAGUGUUACUUUUAUGUCCUGUUGUCUGUUCUAUCAAUGCUUUCCUCCUGUCACUUCGAGCUGAAGAAAUGGUUAUGACAUCGAAACCCCGCAAGUACGGCUUUGUUGCUUGGCUGCUGAGCACAUGUGUUGGUUUGCUGCUUUCCUUCUCGAGCAAGUCGUCGCUGCUUCU